UAGUGCGCGUGCGCACUGGCUCGCAGCUUCCCGGGAGGAGGAGCGAGCGGCCGCUGGGGAAACAGCGGCUCCGCUCUCCGGGCCAGGGCGGCGGCAGCGGUGCUGGGCGGUGCCGGGCUCGGGGUUAGUGGCGUUGCUGCAGGGGCUGUGCAAGGCUCGGUGGGGCUGCGAGGUGCUCUGGCCCGCCGAGAGGCCGUGCGCACUGAGCCGACCCUCGGCGGCCGCUGUGCAGCUCACUCUGGGUGACGUCGCGCCGGGGUCCCCAGCAUGACCGAGCUACGGCAGAGGGCUGUCCGCGAGGACGCACCUCCGGAGGACAAGGAGUCAGAGUCCGAAGCAAAGCUAGAUGGAGAGACCGCAUCAGACAGUGAAAGCCGAGCGGAAACAGCUCCCCUGCCAACCUCCGUAGAUGACACCCCAGAGGUCCUUAACAGGGCCCUUUCCAACUUGUCCUCAAGGUGGAAGAACUGGUGGGUAAGAGGCAUCCUGACUUUGGCCAUGAUUGCAUUUUUCUUCAUUAUCAUUUACCUGGGACCAAUGGUUUUGAUGAUGAUUGUUAUGUGUGUUCAGAUUAAGUGUUUCCAUGAAAUAAUCACUAUUGGCUACAAUGUGUACCACUCCUAUGACCUGCCCUGGUUCAGGACCCUCAGCUGGUACUUCCUCCUGUGUGUGAACUACUUCUUCUAUGGGGAGACAGUGACGGACUACUUCUUCACUCUGGUCCAGAGAGAGGAGCCUUUGCGGAUUCUCAGUAAAUACCACCGGUUUAUAUCCUUUACCCUGUAUCUGACAGGAUUCUGCAUGUUUGUACUGAGUCUAGUUAAGAAGCAUUAUCGGCUGCAGUUCUACAUGUUUGGCUGGACGCAUGUGACUUUGCUUAUUGUCGUAACGCAGUCACACCUUGUUAUCCAUAACUUGUUUGAAGGAAUGAUAUGGUUUAUUGUCCCCAUUUCAUGCGUCAUCUGCAAUGAUAUUAUGGCCUAUAUGUUUGGCUUUUUCUUUGGUCGGACCCCACUCAUCAAGCUCUCUCCAAAGAAGACCUGGGAAGGCUUCAUUGGGGGCUUCUUUGCUACUGUGGUGUUUGGCCUUCUGCUUUCCUAUGUGAUGUCUGGGUACAGAUGCUUCGUCUGUCCUGUGGAAUACAACAAUGACACCAACAGCUUCACUGUGGACUGUGAGCCGUCCGACCUAUUCCGCCUGCAGGAGUACAACAUUCCUGGGGUGAUCCAGUCGGCCUUUGGCUGGAAAACGGUGAGGAUGUACCCUUUCCAGAUCCACAGCAUCGCCCUCUCCACCUUUGCCUCGCUCAUUGGUCCAUUUGGAGGGUUCUUCGCAAGUGGAUUCAAACGGGCCUUUAAAAUCAAAGAUUUUGCCAAUACCAUUCCUGGCCAUGGAGGCAUCAUGGAUCGCUUUGACUGCCAGUACCUGAUGGCCACCUUUGUCAAUGUGUACAUCGCCAGCUUUAUCAGGGGUCCGAACCCAAGCAAGCUGAUUCAGCAGUUUCUGACGUUGCGGCCGGAUCAGCAGCUUCACAUCUUCAACACGCUCAAGUCUCACCUGACUGACAAGGGGAUUCUGACAUCUGCCUUGGAAGAUGAGUAGAGUCCACCCAGGGCCCAGAGAGCUGGCCGGGGCAGGAUGGAGUGGGAGCUGGCACCAAGGCCGCCCAACUGCUGUGACUUAGAUAAUGAAAAGCUUCAACUCACUGUCUUUUUUUUCCUUUUUAAUUUGUGUGUGUGGUUUUUGUUUUUUUUUUUUUUAAUCUGUAUAUACUGUCUGUUUUUAAUGUGGGCUGUGAGUAAGCUGUAGCUUUGAGUUGCAGAGAAGUCACAGGAAAGAACCAUUUGGGUUUCUUAAGUACAGGCAUUGAGCAACGUGAAGGACAGUGUUGCCCAGCUCAGGGUGUCCGCUCAGUGGGUCUAAGCCCUGCCCAUCCAGUUGUUUUUGGGCUGUGUGAGAGAUCAUACACCCAUCUGUGUCUGACUAGUUGAGGGCUUUCCCACCUGGACGGGGCUCCAUGGCCUCCAUGCUGUUGCUGGCCUUGACACCUUUCGUUGGGGCUUCUGCAGGCACCUCUGGAGCAGCGGAGGGCUGCCUUCUGUAGAACUGUGGGACAGAGAGGCUUGCUGAUCAGAUGAGCAUCUUGUCCAAGCCAGAAUUCUGCAGAGGGCACCUGAGCUUUGCUUAUGGUUUGCUUUCACCGUGUAGACCGAAAGAAGAUUUCAGACUUCUUUUUCUCAGAGAGCAUGAAGAAUUUAUGAAGUCUGGAAAAGCAGCCCCUGCAUAUUCCAGAUGUAUGCAGCAGAGGACAUGUCCCAGCUCUUUCUGUGCCAGCCAGUCGCAGUGGCCUCUGGAGGGUGGUCCUACAGACCGCGUCUUUGAGAACCGAGGCCUUUGUGAUUGUGCUGUGGGUUUGCUGCUGUGCUGAGUUCUUCUGGGGGAGCCCUAAGAGGUGGGGAGCAGAGGGCUUUUGCUCACACACCCUUCGCCUGGAAGCCCACUUGUGUUGCUGCUGUGUUGUGUAUAUAGUAUUCUUGAGAUGAGCGUAUGUGUGUCUUGUUUAAAAGUCACCUCGUUUCCUACAUGAUUUCAGUCAUACCUGAAUGUCCUCAGAGUCCCUACAUCCUGCUUUAGAACUAUGGCCAGCCUAAUCUGCCAAGAGGCUUGGCUCUUUUCAAGACUCAGUGUAUACUUUUUAUGGAAUGUGACCAGUGUAGAUGUAGUUUGUACUUCCCUGGGGACCUUCUGCUGUUGUUCGUGUAAGCUGUGAUGAUCUUUCCCUUCCUAAUCAGAAGUUGAGAUUGACAUAGAGAGGAGCGGUUGGCAGGGAAGGAACAUAUAAGCCAAGCGUGUUAACCCACAGCGCUGCCUCGGUGUGCCCACUGCUGAGAGGCUGCAGUGACCUGCUCAGGCACUGCGGUCUGUGCUAAUUUGUUCUCAGAUUAGCCUUCCUGUGGCCUCCAGUGCUCAGAUAGCCCCCAGAGUGUCUGUUGUGUGCAUGGGGGCAGGAGCUGGGCAGCUCCUUGUCUCUCAGCCUUGACUUCCGUGUCAGCAUUGUGGCUUUUUGUUCUCAGCUCCCAGGGCCACUCUGAAUACAAUGCUGCUGCUUUCACAUUGGUUCUGGCCGUGUGGCCCUGGGUGGGAGCUUUGCUCCUAGGGUUCUCUGACUUACCCUAAAGUUCACCAAUGCUGAAACUCUAUGAAGAAGUUCCUGUCACUAUCAGCCCCUGUUGCUAGUAAGUCAUGUCAUGGGCACCCAAAAAAGGAAAUACACUGAGGUAUAUUUUACAAUUGCUCUUUUGGACAGCAGCAGCUGAGGCUUGAAGAAGCCGUUGUCCUAAAACACUGAAACCCAGUGCUCACUAGAGCUGCCAGCCACAGGUUUUUAUUCUUUUCUGAGUUCCCUAGUCUUGUGAAAGAGGAGAAUUUCCCAGUCGGGGAGCCAGGAGAACAGUGCCACCCUGUGAUUGUACAGCAUGUUUGUCCCAGUAAACAGGCAAACCCCAGAGACUCCUUCCUCAGCACCGUGCAGAUCUCAGAGGUUCACAUAACUUGCUUUACACUCAUUUUGUUUUGUCAGAAAUAAAAUGUUUGUGCCUUUCCUUGUCAUGAAUUCCGUGUUUGUCACUUUGUUGCAUGGCUUUAUGUUUCCCUUCUUGUGUGAGCAUAAACACUGUGCAGUUUUCCUCUUUGCCAGUUUGUGUGCCAUCUGUUCCUCACAGCCUCUGAGGUGUCUCAGGUGGGAGCCGUGGGGUGGAACCAUAGAGUUCCCAUCUCAAAGUGUGCCUGUAGGACAGGGUUGUUUCUACUCCCUGAGGCCCUAACACUGGAGCUACUGCAGUGUUUCUUCCUGCAGGCCGUGGAGCCCUGACUGGGCCAGUCCUGGGCACUGCUUAGGUGGGUGUUAGCCUAGAACUGGUAAGUAAGGAUUUGGUGGACAUUGGGGUCCCAGAAACCAGGCUGACAUGAGAACAAGCCAUGGUGUCUUCCUGAUGAGUUCUACUCAUGCUUGUUCUCAGGAAAACUGAGCCUUCCCUUUGUGUGUCAUUUCUCACUCCCUUAACCACUUUAGUGUCAGAAAAGUUCAUAUCUGUGUCUUCUGAAAGUGAAGUCCUGUAAGAAAGUUGGGAGAGUAUGCGCACUGUGCACACGCGCAUGCACACACACACACACACACACACACACACACACACACACACACACACAGCCUAUUUCACAUUCUCAGACUUUUAGUUUCUGCUUCAUAACCACAUUUAAAAUGUAUUUAUUCUUAAUGUAUACUGUAGUGUGUGUGAACCAGUGUUCAGAGGUGUGAAAUGCAACAUGUAAUCUUAAACGGAUGGACUGUGAAACAGUUUGUAAUGUGAUUUUGCCCCUGCUUGCUUUUCUUCCAUAACCUGGCCUGUAUUAUACAAGAGAAUUUGAGCAGUGCAUUUGAAGAGAGUCAACAAAGACCUUAUACUGGUCUAAUUGCUAGGUUGGCUGGAACUGCUCUGAAGGGAACUGCUCCCUCGGUUCACGGAGUCUGUGGCAAGUCAAGGUCAAUCCUUGCUGUUGAUGGAGCUGGGAGGAGGAGUGACCUAAGGACUCAGGACAGAGCAUUUCACACGCAGUUCUGUGUGGCAGUCAGUGUUCCUCGUGGAGUCAGCCUGAGGUAGAUUUCCAGGGAAGCCUUUUCCUCACUAUCAGUGUGGGAUGUCACAACUAAAACUUGUUGUGUUAGUAAAGUCUAGGGCCAUGUUGCCAUUUCUUUUAGAGUAAUUCCUGGCUGUGCCUACCACUCCCGCAUCCUGCGCUUAUGCACACACUGUGCUUUUAUGGGGAGGAGGGCAGUUUCAUGUGCAGCCAGGUUCUUGUUCUUUCCAGGUCAGGGUGAGAAGGAAGGCCUAAGGGAGGAUGACCAGGUGGCUGGUGUAGAUACAGUAGGAGAUAGUCAACUAUGGGUACACUCUGUCUGGAGCACAGGGCUCCUCAGAGCACCCGGAAGGCAGCAGCUGUGUGCAGAGCACCCGGAUGGAAGGCAGCAGCUGUGUGCAGAGCACCUGGAUGGAAGGCAGCAGCUGUGUGCUGCUGGGGAGGAGGCUAACCGUUGGACAGAGCUUCAGGCUCCUCCUCAGCUUGGGUAAAAGAAACCCCCUUUCCCUUUAUCACUCUCCUCACAGUUGCUCAGCAUCCUGUUUAAAGAGUACUAGCUCCUGCCUCCUGACUCAGUGUCUGUUGGGUAGGCACCUUCCAGGAGCGGGAGCGUGCUGGGCUUUAGACCAAGCGGCAGAGGAAGGUUCUUAUUGGAGGACUUUGCUAGGCUCGUCUGCUGUGUCUUGGGUAGUCCAUUCUCAUUCUUGCAGGGUGAGCCCAUGCUCAGGAGAGUGUGGUCCGCCUUUUUGUCCACUCUAGCUUCCCUCUCUUCAGGUUGGUGUAGUGACCUUUCCUGGGCUCUGUGCUGUGCGGGGAGGCUGUUAUCCUUGUGCUGCUUCUUCGGUGGACAAGCCACUCUGUUUUUUUCCCAGAGGUCAAAAGACCCUGGUGUUGGGGAUACUUUAGAGGGUGGGCUUUGGAUGCUGACGUAUUAGGGCUUUAGGACAUAGGAUGAUGUUGAGACUAGAAGGGCAGAAUAUGCGAAAGCCGGGGUUCUGUGGCCAGUGAUCCUCAAAUCCAUUGACUGUCUGAAGACCCUGUCCCCAUGUCUCCUUUUAUCAGGUGACUGCCUGCCUGCAUCUUUAUCUUAUUCUUCAGCCGAUGAAGUAGCAACCAUGUGUUAUUAAUAAUUGCAAUCACACAGUGCUUAAUAUGUGCCAGACAAAGUGCCGAGGGUUUGCAUGCCUUAUCCCCUUUAAACCAGAAGAAGCUCUGGCUGGAUGGUAUUAUCCCAUCUCACAGAUGGGAAAACUGAAGUUCUGUGCUAGAGAUUGAGAGCAAUGUGAAGACUUGAGGCUUAGGUAGUGCUCUAUCUGGUCAGGUUACAGGCUGCGGGCAGCCUUCACUUCCAACCAGCUGCUGUGAGGAUUUAAUGAGCUAGUGCAUGUGAGCAUUUAGCAAGGUGCCUGGCACAUAGUAAGCACUCAAUAAAUGGUAGUUUUUAUUUUAUUUUUUUAAACUGAGCUCAGUGAGUCGUUUGCCCCACACUGAUGGGCUGCCGGGUAUUCAGCCACCACACUCUCACUGCCUGGACCUAGUUUGGUGUUCGUGUCCUGUAAAGUGUGACCAUACUGUCCUCCCAAGAGAAGUUCAGUGGUCCAAUGGUAGAAGCGCUGCGCAGCAGCUUGGUGUUUCCCAUAGCAUUGAGACCGGCCUGACUGAGGGGUGAUAUGAGGCUGUUUGGCAUUUCUGUUCUUUUCCCUGUGGUGGAGACUGCCCACAGGAAAAAGGCUAUUUGCUCUGACUUGGUGGUGCCUCUACUGGGCAGCCAGGGCCUGUCUUGCUCUGGACCCUGCUUUCCCCAGCCAAGUUCUGUAGUCCUGUUAUACAUCUCAGGAACCCCUGGUUCCUCCACAAAUGGAUAAUUUCAGAAUAGAGCAAGAAUAGACAAAAUAAGCCUAAAGCUGAGUGCAUCAGCUAGAAGCCUAAAAGUUCUGCCUGUGCUCUGACAGCAUAACCAUUCCACCUCUUCCGUCUGUCUGUCUGUCUGGGUUGUUUUGUUUUGUUGUUGUUUUGAGGCAGGGUUUCUCUGUGUAGCCCUGGCAGUCCUGGAACUUGCUCUGUAGACCAGACUGGUCUUGAACUCAGAAAUCUGCCUGCCUCUGCUGCCCAAGCGCUGGGAUUAAAGGCGUGUGUCACCGCCUGGAUUUUCUUUCUUAAAAGAACAGGUUAGAACAAGUGGCCAUUGAGGACAAGUGAUGUGAAUGUUUGUUCUAGAUUAGCAAAGAAUCACAUAGAUUGUUAAUCAUUAAUGGAGAAAUGUUUAAUUCAGUUUUCUGAAUGGACACAGGGAAUUGGGAGUGUGUAUGUGUGCAUGUGCACUCGUGUGUGUGUAUGUGUGUGUGUGUGUGUGUGUGUUUAAUGUUCUUUGCCUUGAUUGAGUGGCAUUGGCUAACACGACCCAGGAGAUUCCCAGACUCUGUUAGUAACUAGGAACUUCUGUUCCAGUCGUGGAAUGUCCCAGUGUCACUGAGACCUGCAGGCUUAUUGCUGGAGUCCAGAUACUGCAGCUCCUCUUGUUCUUCUGCAUUUGUGUUUGCCAGCCCUGGCCCCUCCAUUGUCCUGCCAUCUGAUGGACCAGGCAGUCUUUUAUCUGGAAGGAAAAGUCUGAUGCUAGCAGAGGUCCUGGGCACUGCUCUCCCAGACCCUGGUCAGGCCCAGCUUCAUAGCUCCUGGGUAACUUUCCCUGAGUUCCCUCAGUUUCCUGCGUUCUGUGUUAGAAGGCCUGACCACAUGGCCACCUGCCCUAAGUGCACUGUGUUUUUAGGUGUCACCUUCUCUGCCCUCUCUGCUUUCCUUACUAGAAUACCUUUUCCUCACCCACUAGGUUUGUGUUCUGGUUCUACUGGCUUUUCUCAGAGGAACAUUGAGGUAGAAAGCGGGUAAGAAUGUUUUUCUAGUGAGUUGAAUGUGCACACAUUUAUGAGAGCUCUUUGUAUGAGCUUUCUGCGCUCAUUCCUUGGUUUGUCUUGGGUCACACUGGGCAGGUGUCUAGGGCUGAAUGUAAAUGGAAGGAGUGGAGACAAGGGAGCCACUCAGGUACUGGAGUCAGCCAUUCCUUGUCCAGCUCAGGGACUCCUGACAACCAUGGGACAGCAACAGGACCCAGAGCAGGGGAAGGGGUUGGGAGUCACACAAUCAAAGGUAGACUCAGACCAGUUCAGUGCUCCUGGUGGCCAUAGGGACCAGAAGUCUCUCCAUCCUGGGAGUUGUGGGAAGCUCACUGGCCCCUUCUAGAGUCUCUGUGAACCCAGCUCUACUGAACUUUUAACACCUUCCAGACAGCAGCAGGGAUUGCAGUGAUACACAGGGCAGAGGACCCCGGGCAGUUUCUCAGCCUUGGCCAUUGUGUGGAGGGAAUACUGAAUUCAGUUCUCUCAGUGCUUGUGUGCGAGUGAGUGUGUUCUGUCAUGCCGCCUCUUAGCCUGGGCUUCACCAGUCUGUUUUUUACCACGUCCGACCUUUCUCUCUGCACUUAGGAUUGGUGUUCAGCACACUUGUAGAUUCCUUUCAACACAGUAUAAGAAUGUGAUAUAUUGUAUAUUGGAAAGUAUUUACCUUAUUUAUAUACCUGAAUGUUCCUAUUAAACAAAUAAACAUAUACUAAAUUCUA